UGGCGGUCAUGCAGCGAACUGCUUUUCCAUUAGUUUGGUCUGAACAAUAUCUCUAUAUCGAUUACUCAUAUAAUGUCCAUUAGACUAGCAAGUCUGACAUGGCAUCAUCACACCAGCUAUAAUUCUGGUGUGAUCUAAUAAUAUUUUAAAAACCCUUUAUUCGUUUAUACAAAUGAUACAUCAUUAUUGUGCUCUGUUCAUGACGCUACGCAGCACCUUUGAAUUCUUUGACAUUUGGUUUCUGUUCCCUUUUUAGACGCUGAUUUAUUAUAACGUCUCAUGUUAUUUUAUUGCGAAUAAUAUAGCAUUUUGCCGUUACGCAGCUGAUGUCAGAAUGAGUUUAGCUUUCAGCAGGGCUCCUCGAAAGACUGCGGGAAACCGCAUGUCCAGACUGUUGGAUGCAGAAGAGGAAGAUGAGUUUUACAAAACCACCUACGGAGGAUUUCAGGAGGUGUCAGGUGACGAAGAGUAUAAGGGUGACCUGUCUGAAACUGAGGACGAGGUGGACAGUGACUUUGACAUUGAUGAAGGUGAUGAACCUGAUAGAGAGCAGGAGGAAGAUGGACCACGCAAAAAGAGCAGAGUGGUGACCAAAGCCUAUAAGGAGCCUGUUAAAGUUGUGAGGCAGAAACCGAAACAAAGGAAACUGACUGAGCUGCCCAGGAGGACAGACAAGGCAAAGAUGGACAAAUUCAACCCCACUGUACUACAGGAGGACAUUAGCAGGAACAGGAAGUCAGUGCGUCAGUCCACGACAGAACACACACGACUGACAUACCUGAGGCUGCAGGAGAGACAGGUUGCUCCACGACGAAGGAAGGGCACCAGACAUGAGCGACCUUUGACCCAGGCUGAACUUUUGGCAGAGGCCAAGAUCACAGCAGAGAUGAAUCUACGAUCACUGGAAAAUUAUGAGCGUUUGGAGGCAGAUAAGAAACGACAUGUCCAUAUGAAGCGACAGUGUGUGGGUUCUGUUAUCCGGUAUCACUCUGUACUCAUGCCCCUGGUGUCUGAUGUCAGUCUCAAAGAUGAAAACGUGGAUGUAGAGGGGUUGGACCAAGAUGCCCAACCAAAUCCAGGCCCUCACCCUCCACAAACUCUCUCCCAAUCAGAAUCAACCCUUGCUGCACCACCUAUUAAUGCCCAAUCCACUAGCGCUGCUUUUGUAAAUAUUCUGCCACCAGGGGCCGCCAAAUGCUCCCGCACCUACGUUACAUUCAGCGAUGAUAAAACCUUCCAGCGAUGCUUUCCUCAAUCGCCAGCUCCUCGCGUUCCUGUCCAAGAGGUCUGCCCCGUUACCCAUAAGCCUGCACUUUACCGAGACCCCAUCACAGACAUUCCGUACGCUAAUGUACAAGCCUUUAGGAUCAUCCGGGAAGCUUAUAAAAAAUAUGUGGCUGCGCACGGCUUGCCCUGCACUGCCACAGCGACUUCAACUGACACUGUUGCAAAAAACCUUCGUCAGAAGAUCGUUAUCAAACAAGGAAUGUAACAACACGCAUAUGAUCAAUGCGAAGAGAAAGAAAAGGCAGAGGUCAAACAGGGGUGCGUUACCGGAAGUUUUUGUUUCACAAAUAUGUCAUUUGAAUUAUAGCUAUUCUUUGGUGUCAUAGAACUUCAUAACACCGUCACAGUAGGUAUCAAAUCUCUUUCCAGUGUAUUUGUAGUGUAUUUAUGUAUUAUUCCAACUAAACUUUUAAAUAUUUAUUGUGUUCUUUAAUGUUUUAUUUAUUUACUUUCAAAUUUUGCUGUUAUAGCCUAUACCCCACACUGUAUUUAUUUUUAAUGGCACUGUUUUUAAUUGAUUGUGAAAGUAAUGUGUCCAUAAUGUGUUAAUAUGAUUGAAUAGCAGUAUAAUAA